UCCUUAUUCCAUGCCCUAUGUAGCGCGCUUAUAGAGCAAUUUUGGAGCUAUUCGGGAUACAGGCGCUGUUGAGCCUAUUUUGGUCAGUGCUGUGGAAGUGAAGUGAAGUUUGGUCGAAAGAAAGUCGAUUAAUUUGGAAUUUGGGUUUGAUGUAAUGUUGAGAUUGCGAUUAGAAAAGAGUGAGAAAGUCCAUGUGAAUUAGUUUUUUCGAGUCUGGAGUAGCUUAUGAAAAUAUUUCGCGAUGAAAGCCGAGGUGGCCACAGCUGUGAACUUUAUCACCACAUUAUUGAGAGGAACAGGACUUCUGUCUGAAGACCAACUCCAGCACUUCAGCCAUUCUCUGGAAGAGGCUUUAGGAGAGCAUUAUGAGCACCACUGGUUCCCUGACGCACCGUUUAGAGGUUCAGGAUAUCGCUGUAUCCGGAUCAAUCACAGGAUGGACCCGCUGGUAGGGAAGGCUGCUUACACCAUCGGUCUCAGCAGGGAACAGCUUUUCUCCCUCUUACCCAGCGAGCUUACAAUGUGGGUCGACCCCUACGAAGUGUCCUAUCGUAUAGGAGAGGACGGGUCCAUAUGUGUACUGUACGAGUCCACACCGCCACCAGAGACUCAUCUGAAGUCUGUGGACAGCUGCAAAGAGAAACUGAGAAUUGGUCACUCGAGCCCAUCAAAGUCCUUCACUGUGAUGACUGUCUCCAGCUAAUGUCUCUGCACAUCUGGCCCACAUUUGUUUUAUGUUUUAUAAUGACGAUUUUUAAUGACUGAGGAAAUUGGAUAUAUUUUGAUUCAGUGCUUGAUUUUAACUCCUGUAAAAUUUUGUAAAUGUUUUAUACAUUUCGAUUAAAGAUGACGCUUCAAUUUU